AAGCAAUUAAUUUCUUUGUGAGUGGAAAAAUAAAGUAUGCUGUAUUCUCAAUGCUACUUUUUUCUGCGGCCAGUGGAGGAAUUGAGCGAGAAUAUACAGUAUUGGGAACCAAGUGCUUCAGCCCUUACUCCAAGUUGGUGACCUAGUCCACGGGAUAAAAGAGCAGCCUGAACCACAGAGGCUUUGCAGCAGUACUGCGACUGCCCCGCGUCGUACUUCAGCUCCAACACGCGCUGGGUCCUCAGAUUUUAUCGUCGUCGAUCGGUCGAUUAUGCGUGCACAUAAUAUGUGAAUGCUGUGUAUGUCGAGACUUACACCGAGAAUUCCAUAUGCCUCAGUGCCUCGUUGACACGCUCUUUGCCCCGAAUGGCUUUGCAUGGAAUGCCGAUGUGUGAACGGAUGCCGCGUUCGCGCUUCAUGGCCGACGUGCAACGCGGAGUCGUUUGAAGUCCGUGAACCGGUGCGAGGAGAGCGGUGCGUCGGCGGAGGAACCGCGAGUUCUGCGGUUCGCGGUCCGGGAACUAGGCGGGAUUCCGCAGAAUGAGCGCCAAAAAUUGGUCCAAAAUCGCUGGGCUCACGUUUGCGUUUGUGGCCGUGUUGCUGGUGGGCUCGGGGGUUUUCAUGGUCCUCGAGACGACCAUCACGCGGAGGAAUCACACUCUGGAAACCGAGGAGUGGAGGAAUUUCACUGGAAGCGUGAAACUAGCCGUCAAGUCAGACAAAGUGAACCUGACUCAAACGCCAGCUUGGGAUGCUUUUGGUCGCAACUGCAAAUCCGCGGAUCAGCUAAAAGAUUACUUCGCCAAUUGGACGACGUGGAAACAUGAUCCAGAAGGUUUGUUGCAUCAGGUCAUGAUGCAGUGUGAAAAUGCCACGCAUAUUAUUAUUGAGGUAGACGAAGUUUCCGCUUGGGAUUUGUUGGACGCCGUUUUCUUCUCCAUGACAGUGGUGACAACCAUCGGCUACGGGCACCGGGCGCCGAAAAGCGACGCGGGUCGGCUGUUUUGUAUAGUGUAUGCCCUGAUCGGGAUCCCCGUCACGGGCCUGCUGUUGGCAGCCUUGGCAGACACUUUUUCACUCGGUCUCAUGUACGUAUACGACCGGGGAUUCACGUUCUGGAAAGAGCGCGUGGAGCCUGACAUCAUGGGCGAAGAUGUGCCAGACGAGCCCAGCGAGACUGAGAUGAAGCGCCACAAACUGAUGUUCGCUGCCGUGGUUUACAUCUGUAUCGGCUUCUCGGUACUCAUGUUCCUGCCGGCGCUGUUGUUCUCGCUCAUCGAGGGCUGGUCCUAUGGAGACUCUUUGUAUUUCACUUUUGUCACGCUCUCCACCAUCGGCUUCGGGGACCUCGUUCCAGGAGAACACGUGACGAAUAAAAACGUGGAUGCGCUUUACAAAAUCGUGAUGACGAUGUGGGUCGUGAUCGGACUCGCGUACUGGGCGACGGUUUUCUCCUUCAUCACCAAGGCGUUGCGCCGAAUCCGCCUGAAAGCAGUGAACGUGCAAGCGCGGAUAGCAUUGCAGCAACUGGGCUUCGUUCAGCGCGAACGCGACCCAGUUUUUGUGUCUGAAAACUCCAAAAUGACCAUUGACCUGAUGAUCAAGAUGGCCCACGCCAUGGCAGCCACUGGGCGCCUGGACGAGGCCGAGGAAACGAGUUUGCGCUCCGGCCUGGAACGCGCCGCUUCUCAUCGCAUCCGAUCAACUGACCUUGUCAACAGUCACGAUGCCUUGAACAUGAGUACAGAAUACAUCGGAGGAGACGAUAGAUUCUGCUCAUUUUUUCAAUUAACAGCUUGCCACUGUAAACGCUCCGAAAUAAAUCAGGACUCCAGCGCUAUCGUGCUCCUCACUGAAACGGCAGUUCUCGCUGUCAAGUGCGGGACAACUCCCACUGCGGCAACUGUCACAGGAGGAACUCGCAAAAGAACAACUGAUCGAAGGCGACGACUCAACAAAAUGCCACCUUAGCAGACGUGACGGC